ACUGUUUGAGUUUAGUUAGCACGAUAUCACAUUAUGUUACGAUCGUAGUGCUAGGCCGACCAGUUGAGGUUUUACGUCACUCACUGAAGUGAUACAGUACGUGAAGUGGAUAGAGAGAACCAUUCAGACCAGGUGUCUAGUUUAUUUGCCCUAAAUUCCUAAACAUUCAACAUCAAUCAAAGAAUGGGAAAAAUUGCCAGUAAAUUGCGAGUUUCGUCUAAACGAACAAUCAACGAAACGAGGGUGGAGGACGGAGAAACCAAAGAAGAAAAAAACGAGGACGAAACAGAAGAAGGAAAAGAUAUUGAUAAUAAUAAUUAUGGCAAAUGUCUUCCGCGUCAGAUGAAACUGUCUGUCAAAGAAGUCGCAAAAAACGACCAUCCCAGUUCAUUCAUGGAGCAACCUGAAGAAUCAAUACGUAAAUUAUUGGAACGUGAGCUACGGUUGCUGGAUCCACGAGAUCUGCGUUCGCAUGCUUGGUAUCAUGGGAGUACACUUCGGGGCGGUAGAAAGGGCGCUGAGGCUGAAGUACCGAACGAUGGUGAUUUUCUUGUUCGUGAUUGUGCCUCCCAACCGGGCAACUAUGUUCUAACCGUACGCUGGAAAGGUCAACCUCUGCAUUUUGUUAUUAAUAGAGUUGUUAUCCAACCAGAAACGGUAUAUGAACGAGCUCAAUUUCAAUUCGAGGACGAGGCCUUCGACACGGUCGCUGACCUGAUCACCUUCUAUGUCGGUAGUGGUAGACCAAUCACUCAAACAAGUGGAGCUCGAAUUAUCAAUCCGAAACCAAGAUCAGUUCCUCUUACUUGUGUACCUUCUACCUCCCAUUGCUCCAGUCCUUCAUCGUGUCUUUUUGCUGGAUCUCCACCCUGUUUACCUCGAAAACAACAACGAAGUCACUCCCUUACUCCUCAACAGCCCCAUCAUGAUGUAGAUCAACAUGGACAAUUUCAAUCUCAACAUCCACAUGUUGUUCAGUCAAGUACUUUGCCACGAGUUCCGCCAGUGCAGAAUCAGUUUCCAUCAAGUUCACUAUCACUUGGACGUCAAAAAAUUACCAGGGUAAUAUCUGAUCCUGCUCUUCAACAACAACAGCAGACACAGCAACUGUUGCAUCAUCAAUUAUCAUCACAGAACAGCUUGAAUCAUCAUCAAUCUUCAGUAGCACCACCAAAACCACCACGGAUUCCUUAUCAUCAGCAGCAACAGUCGUGCAGUCAUCACCAUAAUCAUCACCACCAUCGACCUCCUCAUCAUCAACAUCAUCCACAUCAUCAGGGUUACCAAGCUUCAGGAAGUGAUAGUGGUAAUGGAUCAGGCGAUAGCGAAUUUGAGGGCAAUAAUUCCGGUGGGACAAAUCCUCCAGUGCCAAUGAAAGGGGUAGUAAUUCGUAGUCAGUAUAGUCAAUCAAACGACGGAUUGAAUGGAAACGUGAAUGAGUACGAGCUUUCGGCUGAAGAACAAUUAAUUGUUGCUGCCCCAUCGCUAGAGAUAUCUACAGCAUUAGACAUUGAAGGUUUUUCUACACUACUUUUACCAACUAGUGAUCAUCGACCAUUAGAUCCUACCGCUUUACGAGGUGUAUCUGGCAUGUUGCACGACUCAGCACCUCGAGUUUUAGCUUCUCACUUGACACGCAUAGACCUAGAGCUUGUUAUAAACCCUGGUAUGGGAAAUAGGUCAGGUCUGAGCGGAUUGGAACUUGCUACUUUACCUCAUGGACGUCAAACAAGGCUUGAUCUUAUAGAGAGAUCAGAGUGUUUAAAGCUGCUUGUAGCUGUGACUGUCCUCGCUGGUGCAACUGCUAUUGAAAGAGCUACUACUAUUAGCAAAUGGAUUAAAGUUGCUAUUGACACCAAAACAGCUCUUGGAAAUCUUUAUGGUUUUUGUGGAGUUAUGUUAGGUCUAUGUUUACCACAGAUUCAAAGACUAGCCAACACAUGGCAUCUUUUACGACAAAAGUAUACUGACGAAGCUUUCAGUUUUGAGGCUAAAUUGAGACCAACAUUAAGAGCAAUGAAUGAAUGCACCAAUCCCCAAGCUCCGAACACUACUUUGCCACAUCUUUUACCAAUUGCUUUGCUUGGAGAACGAGCUCCUGAAGAUGUCUUAGGAACAGCAGCACCAUCAGGUCUCGUAGCAGCAAUAUUGUCACCUUGGGAGAACUCUGCAUCCGACUGUGGUCUCUCAAUCGUUUGGGCCCACUUAGAAGCAUCUCGGAAAUUGGUAGAGAGUCUUCCUGUUUUCCGGAGAAAUGCGGAAAUUGCUCUUGAAGGUUGGAGGAGUGAUGAGCUUUUGACUGACGCAUUUAGAACUGAAUUUCAUAUUAAAUUUUUAUGGGGAAGUCGUGGAGCUGCGGUUGCUCCUGAGGAAAGACAUCUUAAGUUUACUCAAGUUUUAGACGCUAUGUUUGAUAAGUGUGCAGCUAGUGAGGCAGCUGCAUAAAUGACUCCUAGUCCCGAAAAUAAAAUUAUAAAUUGAAUUAAAAUAAAUUAUAGCAAACAAAUUACGAUAUCAAGUUAAUAUUAAAUCUAUAUGAGCAUAUAAUUAAAAUAAAUAACAAAUAAACAACGGUAUUAAAACAGUAGGACAAUAUGUCGAAUUGUAGACCCAAAUUAACUAACUAUCUCCUAUGGUACAACCAACUAACUAAACGAUUUACGAAAUAAACUUAAGACAAUAUGUGAGAGCGUGCCCAAAGAUUACAAUUACUAUCUCGCAAUAUUACGAUUGUCAAAAUAACAAAUAUAUUAAUGUACUUAAUAACUACAUGUAUAUUUGAUCCCUCGAGUACUGACCAUGUUGUUUAUGUUUGUUUAUAAAUUUAUAACGAAAAAUAAAAACGUAUACAAUGAUGGAAAGUGAUUAAAAAAAGUUAA